AUGUCUCAAAACGCAACUAUCAACACCACGACGGGCAACCACCCCGUGGACCCCUACAAGACCCAGAACCUGGAGGAUCCCCCAUUGGCUCAAAAGGUCCAGGAACUAGUCGAUUUCAUCACGCAGGUCAAGUUUGGCAUGUUGACCACCAAGCAAUCUGAGGGUGACUACUUGGCAUCGCGAUGCAUGGCUCUCGCCGCUACGGAACACGGCGGCAUCGACCUAGUCUUCCACACCAACCUCUUCUCCGGCAAAACAAUGGACCUAACAGUCCACCCCCAAGAAACAAACAUGUCCUUCCUAGACCCCAUCAGCGGCGCCUGGGCCUCCAUCUCCGGCACAGCCAAGAUCGUGUCUGACCCGGAAACCGUCUCAAAGUACUAUUCCCCGCAAUUGAAGGCCUGGAUUGGCGAUAUGGGCGACGGAGUGCACGAUGGUGGCCCGACGGAUCCGCGUAUUGGUGUGAUUAAGCUUGAGGCAAAGCUUGCGACGCACGUUGCUGCUAAGAAGGGGAUUGUGGGGAGGGCGGUUGAUACGGUCAAGGGGGCUAUUCAGGGGGAGGUUCCUGCUAUUAACAGUAUUCGGGAAUUGAGCAAGGCUGAGUUGGCGGAGUGGCGCCGAACGCAUCAGAAGUAG